UCUCGCAGGCGAUGUAUGGGAAGGGCUCUCUCCACUCUGAUUGCUUGUGACUGUAAUAUUGCAGCUUCACUGGGACGUUCAGAGACUUGUGGCUAUCUGAAGGCUGGCCCAGAGAGAUGUCGGGUCCAUUGGAAAGCAGCUCGGUCUGGACACCGAGCUCUCCCUCACUCGGUUCAGGGGGCUGAAGGCUGAAGGUGCUGGAGCCAUGCCUGCAGUUAUCUGGGCUCCUAGUUUUAGGCAGUUCCGAGCGAAAUUGCUCAGGAAACCUGUUUUCUUCUGCUUUCUCCUGUGGAUCGGUUGCUGGCUGCUUUUGAACGCGUCAAUCUUCAUCCGCAGGAGUCUUUUCGCGGAAUACUGCACUGAUCAGAGGAGUAAAGGGAUCCUCCGUAAACUGUGUCAGGACUACAGGCAAGGUAUACUAACUGGAGAUUUAUGUGAGGAUUUAUGUGUGACACAGACUAUGGUUUACAAACGCUGUCUUUACUACAACAAAGGGAAAAAAGUCAUCCAGGCUGAUUGGAAUGGUCAGCCCAUAAUUCUGAAAUCCAAACUGGAGGACUUCCUGAGCUAUGAAAGUCUGUACCUAUUGGAUGAGCGAGAAAGCAGACCCAUUCCAGAUGUCGAUAUCCUCGUCUUUACUGCAUUGGAAAUCAAACAUUCCUUGGGCCUCGAUGUGAAGAAUGUCACAGUACCGCAGCUAUGGACCAAGCACCUAAAAGGCAAGACAGGCUCGUUCUCUCGGGCGGAGCUGGCCAGUAUGUGGUCCCUCUUUCAACAGGAGGAGUAUGUGUUUUUCCAGUUGCUGCAGGACCUCAGUAAGCAUGUUCUCAGAGUGAUUGGCUCCUGUGGACAUUUCUAUGCUGUCGAAUACCUUACAGCUGGUCACGCUUGGCACCGCAGCCUGUUCUCCCUUGAGAAGCUGGUCCCCCUUUCCUGGCGAGGCAGUAGCAGAAAGGCAUGGUGGCAGGUGACAAAUGGAAUCGCACUGAGUUUCCUCGAAUUGGCCAGACAUUUUGAGAAUGAUUUUUCUCACCAGCUUCACCUUUGUGACAUCAAACCGGAAAACUUUGCCAUCAGGGCUGAUUUAACGGUUGUUACAAUUGAUGUCGACAUGGCAUUUUUUGAACCCAAAAUGCGUGCCAUCCUUGAACAAAAUUGUACAGAUGAUGAAGACUGCAACUUUUUUGACUGUUUCUCUAGGUGCAAUAUUAAGACUAAAAAAUGCAGAGCAGACCGUUCAAAUAAUAACCUCCAGGUUAUUUGUGAUAAGAUUUUUCGCCCCCUGUUCUCACCGAGGCUAAGUGAGCUAAGGGUGUAUCACCCAUUGCAAACCCAGUUGUAUGAAGCAGUGCAAAGAUGUGCUGAGCUGUCCGAUCAGGGUAGUGUGGACAAGAAAACAAUGGAGAUUACAUUCUCUGAACUAUACAACUUGUUUACGGCCUGCCAAAGAGACAUGUGAAAUCUAAACAACAAAUUGUCUGGCCAAGAAGUCAAACAGCUGACUGUUGGAACUUGCUGUUGAAAUGUGAAGCUGUUUACAUGGUUUACCAUUAUUAUCAUAUUGUAUAUAGCAAUGAUAAGCGAGUAAUGCAGCAGAGAGUCAGGAGAUAACUAAAUUGAGUUAUUUAAAGCUCUAUUUUAAUAUAACUAAAAGCUAUUUCUUCCACCAUUUGUCUCUGCUCAUUUUGUAGUGGAUGUUUCACUAGAUGCUAUCGGCUGCCUCACCAACCCAGCAAGCUUUGCAGUGAUGGUUGGGAGACAUGGAUCCCCUAUAGUCUCUCCUCGAAAGGAAUGUACUCCUCUUAAAAACAUUAUGGAGAAAAAGAGAGAAGAGACAAACGUGAGCAAUGGCAGGCUGAAGUGUUUGACCACUUGGAUUGAACUCUAAAAUUGGCUGGCCGUGCAAUUGCUUGUGCCAAGCAUCUGCCCAACUAAGACAAAUAACAAAAUAAAAAUCGAAACUUAAUAGGAGUGGCAGCCUCUGUGAAGACAGCAACAGAGCAACAGAAAUGAUAGCAUUUCAAGUCCACUAUGACUCCUUUUCAGAAAUCAUGUGAAAAAUUAUCACCUUGGUUUCACAGGUCAGCACAACAUUGAGGGCUGAAGGACCUGUACUGCACUGCAAUGUUCUAUGUUCUAACUUGACCACCUUGAAUGCAGUCGGCUGUUGGUAACCCAAUGUUCCCCAUGGUCCACUCAGUGAAGACCAAGGAGAUGGCUAAUUCAUUGAAUAUUGAACAGGCUGCUGUUGACUCAAGUGUGAUCCAGAAAAGGCGUUACAUAGGAACCGUUUAUUCUGCAAAUGCCAUGGGGUGCGAGAAGUUGCUUAAGUAAAAGCAUUCAGUGAGUAGUAAGUGUGUGCAUGCUUAGGAGUGGUAAGGCAUGGUAGAGUGUGACCUCCACCAAUAUCACCUCCAGGGAGAAACUUAAAUAUCUGUAGCCAGCCAUUUCUUCUCAUUCAGCCAAUCAACAGAAUCAAAUUGUGAGCACAAAACACCAAGUGUUUAAAUUCAAUAAUCUUCUUUUAAGAGGUAAAUUCUAUCUUUAAAUAUGCUACCCUGGGAGAUCACUGGAAAUUGAAUGGAUGGGUGCUUGCUGUAGAUGUGAUUGACAAGCCACAUCCAAGGCAGGUAUAACGCGCUAGAAAAAAGAACAAAGAAAAUUACAGUACAGGAACAGGUCUUUCAACCCUCCAAGCCUGCGCCAAUCCAGAUUCUCUAUCUAAACCUGUCACCUAUUUUCUAAGAUCUGUAUCCCUCUGCUCCCUGCCCAUUCAUGUAUCUGUCCAGAUAUAUCUUAAAUGAUGCUAUUGUGCCCACCUCUACCACCUCCACUUGCAGCACGUUCCAGCCACCUACCACCCUCUGCAUAAAGAACGUUCCAUGCAUAUCUCCCCGAAAAUUUUUUCCCUCUCACCUUGAACUUGUCACCCCAAGUAAUUGAGUCCCCUCUCUGGAAAAAAGCUUCUUGCUAUUCACCCUGUCUAUACCUCUCAUGAUUUUGUAGAUCUCAAUCAGGUUCCCUCCUCAGCCCCCAUCUUUCUAAUGAAAAUAAUCUUAAUCUACUCAACCUCUCUUCAUAGGUAGCACCCUCCAUACCAGACAACAUCCUGAUGAACCUCCUCUCACCCUCUCCAAAGCAUCCACAUCUCUUUGGUAGUGUGGCGACCAGAACUUUUGCCACAGAUAGGAUCUAAUUCUGCGUCACAUACAUUGAUUCAACACAUAGUAUGUUGUAAGCUUUACAAUGCAAUGUGUGUGAUGCUGUCCACCAGUUUCUCUAUUACAGAGGCUGAGAAAAAAAUAAGUGAUUUAAUAUUGGCAGUUGUUUUAAAACAAGCACCAUCAGAUUAGCUAAGUGUCACACUUCUCACUUAUAAUUUUCGCUGAUGUCUACGUCAAAGUUGUCCCCACUGUGUUUUGUACACAAUCUCAACGUGGUUUGUAAAUGGCCUCAAAGACCUUGGAGACUAUCCAGCUGGUGAAAAAGCCAAUAUAUCUCAUGAGUUAAUGUUUGUCCCAAAGCUCUUAAUAUAAAUGCAUAUUCAAGCCGGACUAAUAACACCGGUGUCAAUUUUUCUUGGAAUGGAUGUUUCGGUAAUCAAGACCUUGCUAAAGUAUGGGCAGAUGACUUAUAAAAUAUAAUCCUCUGUUUCUGAUACAAGUAUCUUGUGAAUGCUGAACUUAUACAGAAACCAGAGACAUUGGAUAAUGUUAAACUUACCAUUUUAUAGUAAUCACAUUUCCUGGAGCCAAUUUUGCAUCAAAGCUAUUUACAGUUUCACUGCACUGUACAGCACAGUGGCAAAAUUAACUUGACUUCUUUUGCUCCUGCUGAAAUUGAAGGUUUAGAGAUUGAGAUUUACUUUCCAAAUAUUCAGUUAACUACGGAAGACCCAACACACAAUAAUGAAUCACUGCCUCAGGGGCAACCCGAUGGCCAAGUGGUAUUCUUGCUAGACUAUUAAUCUAGAGACCCAAGUAAUGAUUUGGGGGCCUUGGUUCAAAUUUCAUUAUGGUGAGAAUUAAGAGUCUUAUGACGACCAUGAAACAAUUAUCAAGAAAAAAAUGUUUGGUUCACUAAGACCCUUCAGGGAAGGAAACUGCCAUCCUUAGCUGGUCAGGCCCACAUGUGACUUCAUACACCUGGCAAAUUAAUUGACUCUUAAGGCGCCACCAUUCAAUAGGAUCAUGGCUGAUUUGACUUUCCUCACAUCCAUUUUCCUGCAUUUUCCCUGUAAUCUUUGAUUCCCCUACUGAUGAAGAAUCUAUCUACCCUGGCCACAAGGUAGGGUCCCCACAGCAAGGAGUGUCAAAGGCUCUCAACCCUCUGAGAAAAGAAAUUCCUCUUCAUCUUAUUCUUAAAUUGGCACUCUUUUAUUCUGAGGCUAUACCCGUAACUACCCUUUAGGCAAUAAAUGCUGACUUAGUCAAUGACUUUCAUAGUCUGUGAAUGAUUUGCUCCGAUGAUGCUGGAAUAGUUUCCACUAUUCUUG